AUGGUAGCUCUCAUUGGAGGUUGCAUCUCUGAAACUUCUACCAAUAUGGACAUCAUUUCUGCAAGCUAUAAGACUCCACAGCUCACCUAUGGAUCAUUUUUGCCAGCACAAGGUGCCAAAUCCCUCUUCCCGUUUUUGUACCAGAUGGUCCCAAAUGAAGUACAACAGUACAUGGGAGUGGUGCGGCUACUUCAGCAUUUCAGAUGGAUAUGGAUUGGGCUAAUAGCUGUGGAUGAUGACAAAGGGAACAGGUUUUUACAGACAAUUGUGCCAAUGCUUUCCCAAAAUGGCAUUUGCUAUGCAUUUAUAAUCAGAAUACCACAACUGGAUUAUGUGGAUAAGAUGAUAGAUGUGAUUAUGCAGCAGUGGGGAAAUUAUGAAAUCAUUUUUGUGAGCAAAGCCAAUGUAUUUUUUGUAUAUGGAGAACCUCCAUCCUUUCAAGUUUUAAUGUUUCUAGUACCCUUCUUGUCAGUGAACCCUCUAGGUAAAGUGUGGAUAGUUACAUCUCACUGGGAUUUUGAAACACUAACUAUCUUUAAGGUUUGGGAUAUGCAAACCUUCCAUGGUUCCAUAACCUUCACUGUUCACUCAAAUCAGCCCUUAGGAUUCCAAAAAUUUGUCCAGAUGAUAAGACCUUCCUGGGCCAAAGGAGAUGGUUUCAUCAAAGACUUCUGGGAACAGGCAUUCAACUGUUCACUAAAGAUGUCUACUGUCAUGGAGGAGAACAAGAAAAACUGCAGUGAAGAGGAGAAGCUGGAGACUCUUCCUGGAACUUUGUUUGAAAUGAAGAUGACCGGCCACAGCUACAAUGUCUACAAUGCUGUCUAUGCUGUGGCACAUGCUUUGCAUGCUGUAUACAAAUCCAGAUCCAAACACAAAAGAUUAGCAGAAAGAGAGAGACUGGCUAUUCAGAAUGUGGAGCCAUGGCAGGGAAAGAAACUUGACCUCCACUGGGAAGGUCAGUUGAGGAAGCUCCAUCACUUUCUAAGAAGCACCUUGUUCAAUAACAGUGCUGGAGAAACUGUGCGCUUUGAUGCCAAAGGAGCAUUAGUUACAGGCUUUGAUGUUACAAACUGGUUAAUGUUUCCCAAUGGCUCAGUGGUUAGAGUAAAAGUUGGAAGACUGGAUCCCCAAACUUCUCCCGGCAAAAGGUUAACCAUUAAUGAUGACCAAAUUGUGUGGCAUAAAAGCUUUAAUCAGGUGCUGCCUCUUUCUGUGUGUAAUGACAACUGCUAUCCUGGCUACAGCAAGAAAAAGAGGGAAGGAGAGAAAUUUUGCUGCUAUGACUGUGCUCCAUGUCCAGAAGGGAUGAUUUCUCACCAGAAUAACAUGGAUGCCUGCGUCAAAUGUCUAGAUGACCAAUAUCCCAACAAGGACCAGACUCAAUGCAUUCCCAGGGUAAUAAGCUAUCUCUCUUAUAAAGAAUCGUUAGGGGUCAUCUUGACUAUCGUGGCUAUUUCUUUCUGUUUGAUCACAACCGGAGUGCUUGGAAUCUUUCUGAAGCACAAGGACACUCCCAUAGUCAAAGCCAACAACCGGAGCUUCACUUACAUCCUCCUCAUCUCUCUCUUUCUUUGCUUCCUCUGCACCUUGCUCUUCAUUGGACAACCUGGAAAGGCAGCCUGUCUUCUCCGGCAAAUGAUUUUUGGCAUUGUCUUCUCUGUGGCUCUUUCCAGCAUUUUGGCCAAAACCAUCACUGUAGUUCUGGCAUUCAUGGCUACCCAACCAGGAUCCAAAAUGAGGAAAACGAUGGGGAAAGGACUGACCAAUUCUAUUGCUUUUUCUGGCUCCUUCAUUCAAGCAGGCAUUUGUACAGUUUGGCUAUGUACAUUUCCUCCAUUCCCAGAUGUGGACAUGCACUCAUUGGAUGGGAAAAUCAUAAUGGAAUGCAAUGAGGGCUCUGCUUUCAUGUUUUAUUUUGUCUUGGGCUAUCUAGGGUCCCUGGCUAUUGUCAGUUUCAUUGUGGCUUUCUUAGCCAGGAAGUUACCUGACAGUUUCAAUGAGGCCAAAUUCAUCACUUUCAGCAUGUUGGUGUUUUGCAGUGUGUGGUUAUCCUUUGUUCCAUCCUACCUGAGCUCCAAAGGAAAAUAUGUGGUGGCUGUGGAGAUCUUCUCCAUCUUGUCCUCGAGUGCUGGAUUACUGGGUUUCAUCUUUUUCCCUAAAUGCUACAUUAUUGUCUUGAGGCCUGAGAUGAACAACAGGGAGCACCUGAUUAGAAUGAAAAAAUGA